CGCGCCUGACUUGUCGAUGAUGGGGAAAACUAAAGGAAAACUCAUGGUAGUGUAGUAUAUUCACAUUUAUUCGCCGCAUCGUCGUCUAUUCUACUUCAUCAUCGUCUCUUCUUCUGUUCAUAUCGUUAUUUAUUCCAUCCACAUCCAUCUACAUCGUCGUCGUUGUAUGAAAAUUCCUUUCACUCGGCCAUUUUGGCGAAAAUUUUCAUCCAUCCAUCAAGUGCAAGUGAGAAAAUUCUCAAAGAAAACCCAAAUAUCUCUGAAAGCAACCGAAAAACGCAGUUUUCAUUUGGAAAGGCGUUUUAGUUUUUACAUAAAUCCAUAAAAUUCAGCCGGGUGCAAGAAUACACUCUUGUUACACACUGCAUAAGCAGGCAGAGAGCACACCGUAAUUUUUUUUCUUCUUUUUUUUUUCAAUAAUAUAACCCCCCUGCUGUUGCAACAGCAGCACAUUUUUUAAACUUGAAGUUGAAAAGAUGAAUGUUGAAAAAUUAAAACGCCUUCAGGCACAGGUAAGAAUUGGAGGUAAAGGUACUCCACGUCGUAAGAAGAAGGUUGUCCAUCAAACAGCCGCUACCGAUGAUAAGAAAUUACAAAGUUCAUUAAAGAAAUUGUCGGUUAGUACAAUUCCGGGCAUUGAAGAGGUUAACAUCAUCAAGGACGAUUUGAGUGUGAUUCAUUUUAAUAACCCGAAAGCUCAGGCAUCAUUGUCAGCUAAUACAUUUGCCAUAACCGGACAUGGCGAGAAUAAGAAGAUUGUUGAGAUGUUGCCAGAAAUUUUGCCACAAUUGGGCCAGGAAACUGUUGUACAGUUGAGACGAUUUGCUAGCAAUAUUAAUGCAGCACAUAAGAAUUUGAGUAGUGUGGUGGAGGAGGAUGAUGUGCCCACUCUGGUGGGUGAUUUUGAGGAAGCUUCGAAAUAUGAAGUUAAUCCGGUAAUUGUGCCUUUAAUUGAGGAAAUUAAAGAUUUGCAAGAGAUUGUUAAGGAACAAAAGGAUUUGGAUCAGAGUAAGCCUUUAAAUGAAGAGGCAGUUAAAAAGGAAGACGAAGUAGAUAAGAAACCGGCAGUAGAUAAUAAAUCGAAGAAAGAGCAGAAGGGUAAAGAAGGUGGAAAGAAAGGUGACAAUAAUAAGAACAAGCCAUCCAAUGAGAGUACAAAGAAGGAGAACUCUGUUAAACAAAAUGAUGUAAAUAAUGUAAAUGAAGGAAAGAAAGACCAGAAAGCUGGUAAUCAAGGAAAGGGAAAUAAGAAGGGAAAAGGCGGAGGUGAGAAUAACCAAGCAGCUCCUAAAGUUGAAGAAGUUGUGAAUAAGAAGGAAGCUGAAAUUAAACCAGAACAGAUUCAAGCUAAAAAAGUAGAACCAAAUCAAGCGAAAAAACCUAAAGAAGCAGCCAAGAAGCAGGAAACACCAACUGAAAGUGGAGCUAAGACUCCAGAGAUACCAAAACCUGCUGCUGAUGGUAGAAAAUCACCAAAACCUGCUGCACCACAGAAACCAGCUGAAAGUGUUAAGAAACCAGAAGUUACUGAAAAGACAGAAGUGCAAAAGCCAGUACAAGAUGCACCUAAAAAGACAGGAACUAUUCCAAAAGUAGCUGAAACUGCUCAGGAAGCACCAAUUAAAAAAGAAGAAGCUAAGCCAGUUGAGGCAGCCAAGAAAGUAGAAGCAGCCAAACCUGUUGAAAAGCCGGCAGCUAAGCCGGUUGAAGCUCCAAAACCAGUGGAGGCUCCAAAGGUUGAAGCACCAAAACAAGUUGAAACUGCAAAACCAGCUGAAGCACCUAAGACACCAGUGGGAGCUAAACCAGUCGAAUCUGCUAAGGCUCCUGAAGCACCUAAACCAGUCGAGUCUCCUAAACCAGUCGAAGAGGUAAAGAAAGUGCAAACUCCCAAACCAGUUGAAGCGGCUAAACCAGUUGAAGCUGCAAAGCCUGUGGAGAGCCCUAAGCCUGUCGAGGCUCCCAAACCAGCAGUAGCAUCUAAACCAGUAGAAGCACCAAAACCAGCAGAAAAACUUUUAGAAGCUCUUAAACCAGCAGAGGCGCCCAAGGCAGCAGAAGCCCCUAAACCAGUAGAAGCUGUUAAACCAGUUCAAGCUCCAAAACCAGCAGAAGCGCCUAAACCAGUUGAGGCAGCCAAACCAGUUGAGGCACCCAAAGCAGCUGAGGCACCUAAACCUGCAGAAGCUCCAAAAGCAGCAGAAGCUCCCAAACCAGCAGAAAAGCCUAAACCAGUUGAGGCAGCAAAACCAGUUGAGGCAGCAAAACCAGUUGAGGCAGCAAAACCAGUUGAGGCAGCCAAACCAGCUGAGACACCUAAACCAGUAGAAGUUUCCAAACCUAUUGCAGAAGCACCAAAACCUGCGGAGACACCCAAACCGGCUGAAGCAGCCAAACCAGCACCAAAACAACAAGAUGCAAAGCCUAAAGAAGAAUUAAAAUUGAUUAUCCCUCCGAAAGAUGCAGAGUCCUCAAAGACUCUUGAAACACCCAAGUCAGCGGAUUCGUCAAAAAGGCCAACAACACCAAAGCCUGCUCAAACACCAGCUUCACCUGGAAACAAACAGGCAGAAGCAUCGAAGAAAGCACCAAGGAGUCCUAGAACUUCAGAGUCCCAUGGAGACGCACCCAAGAAAGCACCAAGAAGCCCAAGGACUUCAGAAUCCAAGUCGUCAUCAAAACCAGAAACUCCGAAAAAACCAACAGACAAGGCAGCAGAGUCACCAAAAACGCCAGUUGCAGUUGCAAAGACUCCUGAACCAGCAAAGACACCAGAAACAUCCAAACCAGUCGAAGCACCGAAAACAGUUGAAGCUCCUAAAACACCAGAAGUAGCCAAGCCAGCUGAGUCGCCAAAGGUAGUUGAAGUUGCAAAGACACCAGAAACACCAAAACCAGUUGUAGCUCCCAAACCAGCUGAAGCAGCAAAAACACCCGAAUCCCCAAAACCAAUUAUUGCUCCUAAGCCAGUGGAAACUCCAAAAACACCAGAAGCAGCACCCAAACCAGUUGAACCUCAACAAAAAGCUGAAGAAAAAAAGACACAGGAACCUCCAAAGACACCAGAAACUCCAAAACCUGUAGAAGCUGCUAAGCCAGUUGAAGCACCAAAAUCACCUGUCGUUGCAGCAAAACCAGCAGAAGCUCCCAAAACUCCUGAAGCUCCUAAAACACCCGAAACACCAAAACCAACUGAAGCCCCAAAGACAAUCCCAGUGCAAUUAAAACCUGAAGUCAAACCAUUAACACUUGCUGAUGUUAUCAAAUCUCAAGAAUCUUCCGAACAAGUGCCAACACCAACAACUCCUGUUGCUCUGGCUCCAGUUGUUGUAGCACCAACAUCGCCAGAGGUAGCCAAACCAGCUGAACAAAAACAACCUGAAUCACCGAAAAUAAUUGAACCAGUUGAUACCAAGAAACCUGAUCAACAACAAAGAAACACCAAGGCACAAUCGCCAAGGCCAAAGCAAAGUAGUCCAGCCAAGCAACAACCACCAAAACAAAGUACACCGAAACCUCAAGACAAACAGCCAUCUCCUAAGCCACAACAACAACCAAAACAACCGUCCCCGAAGCCAGCUACGGCUCCUAAACCUCAACAGCAGAAGCAACAAAAACCAGCACCAGCUUCGCCAGUCAAGCAAGAACCGGGAUCUCCUGUUAAACUUGAGCCUACUGCUGCAGCAGUAGCUGGAGCACCAGCACCAGCACCAGCUCCUGCAUCGCCUGCCAAGUUAGAGCCACCAUCGCCUAAGCCGCAACAGCAACCCAAGCAGGCUUCUCCAAAACCCCAGCAGCAAAAAUCAAAAGCAAAAUCUCCACAGCCCCAGCAAAAGCCACAAGUAAAUUCUUCACAACCACAGCCGGCAAAGAAGUAGGCCAAUGGUUGAGAAUAAUACCUCUCACCCAGCAGCAGCAUUAACAGCCGAGCCCUCAAUUGUUCUAUUAUCAAAAAGUUCACAUCACAACGACUAAUGUUCCUUAAAAAUGGGCCAUUCGCUUCGCCUUAACAAAAAAAAAAAAUAUUCUAGUCCUACUCGAACGUAUUGUUACUCACGACAGUUCCUCAAGCUUUCUAAUCUCAUUUCUUUAUUUUAUUAUUUUAUUUUUGUGUGUGUUUGUUUCUUUAAAAAAAAAUAUAUAAGGCUGCAGAGGUGAAUCCUAGACAUUACACUAAAAGUGUUCUUCACUCUUCACACAUUUUUUAAAUGCUCAAACCAAACCACCUCCACCGAAUCAUUACGUCCAUUAACCAUCACAACCAUUUACCAUCCACAUUAAUUUGUUAUCCCUCCAUUUACUUGCAUUUCUAUUCAUUUAUGAUUUAGGAACCGAUCCCACACGUUUAUUUUGAUUUUUAAAUGUUUGCCAGUUUUCAAGUUACUCUUGCCUUUGAGAUUUUACAUAAUAAUUUUUUCUUGUAGAAAUUGCAAAAAAAAAUAUGCGAUUAAUUUAAACGCAUUUUUUUUCUUUCUAUUUGAUUUUACAACGAAUUUAUAAUUAAUUUUAUUUUGUAGAUUUUAGUUGUUUGUUUAAUUUGGGUUUUAGGGUUUUUUAAUUUUUAAAUUCACUUUUUAGAAAAAAACCUGCACUUAAAUAAAAACUCAUACCCUCUUUCUGAGAAAAAUACUCAUUUUUAUUAUUUUUAAAAGAAAAACAAAGAAGAAAUUUAUCUUUGUUAAAUUUAUUUAAAAAAUAAAUUUAACAUAUUAUUGGUAUUGGCUUUUUUAAUAAUGUGAUUGGGAGAAAGUCAAAAUUUUAACUAAUAUUUUGGACAAUACAAGAAAAGUUCCUCGUCCUUAUGUGAGAUGAUACUUAUACUUAUACAAAAAAUGAUAAAAAAAACAUAACUGACUGUUAAUUAAAUUAAAUUAUUAUUAUAAAAAAUAAAAGAAUUUGAAACAAAAUUAAAAAAAAAUAUUUAUAAAAUUGAACUUUGUAAACAAAGUUUUGUAUACCUUUUUCCAAGGUUUAUUUGUUUGUUUUAUUUUUUUCUUUGAAGUUAAUAAAAAAAAAAUAUGUAUACAUAUAUGCUUGCAAA